AUGGCGUCUAGGGGGAAAAUUGAGAAGUGGCUGUUUGCGGAGUGGAGUAGCGGUCGCGUUGUGAACUCCAGGUCCAUGGUGAAAGUGGAACACGAAGUGUCCAAGGUGGGGCCGGCGACAAGCGGAGACGCCAAUCAGGUCAGAGAUAGUAACGAGAAUGUAUCUAAUGGGCGAUGUUUACCCGAAGAGGUCCAAAGAGUGGAACAGAACGAGGAGGGGGGGCCGAGUAUCCAACAGGAAAACAUGGAUUUCUCAUCAAGUGCGUCAUCUUGGGAGCCGAGUGAUGACAAUGAAUCCUCUGAAGAGUCUGAGGAGGAAGACAAGAGGGCCAAACUGAACGCGAGCACGAGGCAGUACUGCAACAAAAGGGGCGGCAAAAAAGGUCCCGUUCCGGCGCACAGGCCUAACGCGAUAAUACCGAACGUGCUCCAGGCGAGGCAGACGAAUUCACUGAACGGCAAAAGACGGUACAAAUACAUCGACGCGCACAGGAACGAUAAGCGGGAGUCGGUCAAGUCGUUGCCGGACUCUACCAGGAAGGGAACGCCGCCCAACGACUCGGGCAAGGGCGGGCGCGUCGAAAGCGUCAGUGUGAACGUAAAGGACAUUCUCGAGAUAAAGGCCAGCUUCAGGGAGCUGUUCCAGCUGCUCAACGACCUCAAACCGCAGACGGCUAAGCGUGCAAGCGAACUAAAUAGGAUCCAGCUCGCGUCGAACAACGACACGGCAGGAGUCUCCGACGGCGAGAGCGACAGAAGCCACAGCGUCGAGUCCAACCGCUCCGACGACAACGUACUCAUCACGAAUAAGUACGACAAGGCCGUCGUGCGACGUCAGGAAUCUGGCGGCGGGGACGAGGAGGAAUGGAUACCGAUAGGCAGCGGGAAAACAUUAAUACACAAAGACAAAUACAGAAAAGUUAAUUGGCGGUCUUAUACGAUUGCAACACGAACCUUAUUGUUAGCAACUUUCCCCAGGAGGAUUCUGGCCACUCACUCCCUCACCGGGAAACGGUCGCCAGCCUUCCAAGAUAAGCCGGCGAAAAUGUGCCUCGAUCCCAAAAUUGUUUCGGACGUUAUCAUAGAAAUCACGUCUAGAUUUAAAGUAAAGGAAAAUCUGGUGAGGAGCAUUAUUACCACCAAAUGCGCGGAUGAAUGUAAAAUGUACAAAUUGAGAUUGAAACAAAAAGGAAAGCAAGCGAAGGAUUCCGAGAACGCCCGAUCCAAAGAAGAGGCGGGAGAA